AUGCAGGUGGGGUCGGGCCGGGGGCGGCGGGGCCGGGCCGCGCCGGGCCGAGCGGGCGCUGACACCGUGUCUGCCCCGGCGCAGGGUGGCGGCUCCGCCGUCAUCGACAUGGAGAACAUGGACGACACGUCGGGCUCGAGCUUCGAGGACAUGGGGGAGAUGCACCAGCGCAUGAAGGAGGAGGAGGAGGAGGAAGCGGAGGGCGAGGCGGGCGCCGGCGAGGAGGAGGACGGGGAGUUCCUGGGCAUGAAGGGGCUGCGGGGGCAGCUGGGCCGGCAGGUCGCUGACCAGAUGUGGCAGGUGGGGAAGAGACAAGCCUCCAGGGCCUUCAGCCUCUACGCCAACAUCGACAUCCUCCGGCCCUACUUCGAUGUGGAGCCCGUCCAAGUGCGAGCCAGACUGCUGGAGUCCAUGAUUCCUGUGAAGAUGAUUAAUUUCCCACAGAGGGAAGGCACACUGAUGGGCACAGCCAUUGGCACCUGCUUCGGUUACUGGCUGGGUGUCUCAUCUUUCAUGUACUUCCUGGCGUACCUGUGCAAUGCCCAGAUCACGAUGGUGCAGAUGCUGUCACUGUUGGGCUACGGUCUUUUUGGACACUGCAUCACUCUCUUUGUCACCUAUAACAUCCACUUCCACUCCCUCUUCUAUAUCUUCUGGUUGGUUGUUGGUGGACUCUCUACACUACGAAUGGUUGCUGUGUUGGUGUCACGCACCGUGGGACAUACCCAGCGGCUCAUCCUGUGUGGGACUCUUGCUGCUCUGCAUAUGCUUUUCCUCCUCUAUCUGCACUUUGCUUAUCACAAGGUGGUAGAAGGUAUCCUGGACACAUUGGAAGGACCCAACAUGCCACCCUUUCAGAGAGUUGCCCGAGACAUUCCAGUUGUUUCUAAUGCUGUAUUGAACACAACAGCCAAAACCAUUGCAUUGACCCUGUAG